UUGUGCGCAGGCGCGAGGCCUAUGCCCAUGCUGGGAGUGCAGUGAUGGCGGAGGAGAAGCGAGUAGAGCCGCGACGGGAGGCAGAGGAGGAAAUCGAGGAGGAGGAGGAUGACGAGGAGGAGCUUGAUGAAUCCCUCUCGGAAAGACUGUGGGGUUUGACCGAGAUGUUCCCUGAAGGAAUGCGAAAUGCCUCUGGUGUUGCUGCCGACUGCUCAGUGUCACUGGCAAAGAAAAUCUACAGUUUCGCCCGGUCGGCCCUUUGGGUGGGAACCACUUCCUUCAUGAUCCUGGUUCUGCCGGUUGUGUUUGAGACAGAGAAACUUCAACUGGAGCAGCAACAAAUCCAGCAACAGAGACAGAUUCUGUUAGGCCCGAAUACAGGACUAUCUGGUGGAAUGCCAGGAAUGCUGCCGCCACCAGUUCCUGGGAAAAUAUAACACAUGAGACGCCUCGAGAAGAAAAUACCGAUGUAAUGGGAAGGGAUCGAUAGACCUGUGGGGUGGGGUGGGAGAUUUGACAUUAGGAACAGAUGCUGUAUCAGCCGCUCAUUGCCAGCAAGAUGUGAAUUCAUCCUCCGUGUUCAUCUCUGGAGCAUUUGGACAUCCCGACAGACCGAGUCUCAUCUGCAGCUCGGCAUCAGAGGGUGACAAGAAUCGGAAUUCUAAUCUGCUGGAACAGUCAUUGGUUUGGGGAAACAUAGUGGGUGGGGGGGUGGGAGGGGGUUGCAGCCUGAUAGGUUCUAAGAGCCAUUUUUCUAAUGAACUGCAAAGUAUCUCAUUCGCUGCCAGCAUUUAUCUGAGUCUUUCUGUUGGGAAGCGAUGUAGGAGCUGGAGUUUUAGAUCGACUGGCAGUUCAAGUGUGUUGGAAUAUGGUGGAGGUAUGAAGGACUACCUUGUGCCAGUACAGUACAGUAGAGGAGUGUGAGGGACAUGCCAGUGAAGUACUGUGGAGGGGUGUCAGAGCCUGUCCUGUGCCAGUGCAGUACAAUGCAGGGGUGUGAGGGACUCUCCAGUGUCAGUGCAGUACAGUGGAGGGUAUGAGGGACUCUUCUGUGCCAGUGCAGUACAAUGAAGGGGUGUGAAGGGCACCCCAGUGUUAGUGUAGUACAAUGGAGAGGUAUGAGGGACUGCUGUGUUCUAGUCCUUGGUUGCACGCUAAUUUUUUUUCACCUCAGGAACAAAGCAAACCCAGAGUCUCUUUUGUCUCCUAGGAGCUGACUCGGUUGUGGCAGUGAUACAGCAAGGAUCCUAAGCUCGCUCUGACACAGAUUCAGGUUACUGUCUGAUCUGAUUGAUGGGCAUGGCUUGGCUCCAAACCAGGGUGGCACUGGUGCUAGCAAAUGUACUCAAAACAAUGGGAGCCAGUGACUUGCUGCAGGAAAGGGACAAGCCAGCUUCUUCCUGCCUGGUACCUCCCUCCAAACCUGGGCACUGCUGGCACAGAGGCUGAUUGGCAAAGUGGUGCCCUGUGGGUCUUAGUGUCACAGGUGAAUGGAUACCUAGCUGCCUGGAUGACACUGAAAUGUGCUGGAUUUGGAAACCCAGGCAACUGCAAUUGAAUUUACCCAAGACUGGGCUGAUCUGACACUAAAGUUCCCUUCUGCAAACCUCACACAUGAUGGGAUGAGUUUGAAUAUGCCACCUGCAGGAAUGGUGGAAGGUUACCAUUGUGCUGUGUGACUUGAAGUUGGGGGUUGAAUAAAUGCUUGAUACUGGA